CGCAUUGUCAGUUUUUCGAAAGACGAGCGCUUUUGUUUAGCCCUUCUUCCAUCCCUCUGGUCGGCGACUGUUGAUUGCUGGCUUUUCGGUUUCCUUCCGUCUUUUGCCUGAACAAGCGAGUGCCCUUUUCCGGCUUGUUCGUAUUGCGGGUUAGGGAGGGUCACGAAGGGGCAUGAAAAAACAAGCUAUUUAGUGCAUUAACAACCCUAAUAAAGUGAUAACUCGGGAAAUGUGAGGCAGAGGGGAGGCGAGUAAGAAAAGACAGUGAAGGAGGAGGAGAAGGACAGACGGAGCGAUGAAUGCAGCGCGAGUUCCACAGAGAGCGAGAAAUAGGGUUUCGUUUUUGUGAUAUUUCUUCUGAUUUUCUGCGUCUUGGAAACCAGAUCGUGGAAUUAUAGGUUGUAAUCGUUUGUAUUCUGUGUGUACGUAUAGAUGCUGGUGGCCAUCAAGUUCAUUUGCUGAUCGGAGACUGUUGAUUUUUGCUGGCUUUUUGGUUUUAUUCUGCCUUCUCCCUGAACCGGAGAGUGUCCUUGUACGGCUGGUCGGUUAGGGAGGGUUAAGAAGGAGCAUCAAAAGCAAGCCAAUAGUGCAUUCUCGAACGACCCUAGUUAAGUGAUAACUCGGGAAAUGGGAGGCAGAGAACGAAGGGGGCGAAGAAUGCAGAGUGAGAUCCACAGAGAGUGAGAAAGAGGGUUUAUUUUCGUAGUAUUUCUUCUGAUUUCCUGUGCCUUGGAAAUCAGUUCGUGGAAUUAUAGGUGAUAUGGACCUGACUAGCGAGGGAGACUCGGACUACAGCGAUAGCGAGAUGGAAAAGCUGCAUGAACAACUGCAAAGCGGUUUCUAGCAGGUGAAGGGUCCCAGUGGCACGGUAAGGUGCCCCUUUUGUUCUGGGAAGAAGAAGCAGUUCUAAUGGUGAUUGGAGUGGAUAUUUUGGUGCCGUGGAGUUUGAGAAGGAAUUUCUUGCUGAUCACUAUGGUAAGAGUGAUUGGAUUGCACAAGAGAUGAAGCCCUGGCGAAGCCCUUAUGCUUGGUGUGCUCAUCCCCAUGACUAUGAAGCGGAAGGGCCAGUUGGUGACUACCUAUGGAAGAUGGGGAAGUUGAGGAGCAUAAGGGAUAUUGUCCAGGAAUCCGAUCAAAGACAGAGUAAUGUAGUUUCCAACCUGACAGAUGAAAUAGACAUGACUAAUAAGACUCUUGAUAAUAUGCAGUACAAGUUCAAUGAGAGUUCAGUGUCUCUGAAGCGGGUGCUUGAAGAGAAGGACAGGAUUGUUAAUGACAUCUCUGGAGAGGAAAUGAAGCUGCAGCCCUGGCCCGAGAUAAGAUCCAACAGUUACUGGAAGAGCAGGAGAAAAUGCAAUAUGAGUUGGAGAAGAAGAGGAGAGAAAUUGAAUCCUGGAGUAGAGACCUUAAUAAACGUGAAGCUCGAACGUGAGAGGCAGAAGCUAGAUGAUGACAAGAAAAAGAAUGAAGUGAGGAAUAUUUCACUAGAGUUGGCCUCAACAGAGCAGCAAAGGUCCGAUGAGAAUGUUCGCAGGCUGGUGGAAAAGCAAAAGAAUGAAAAAGAGGUUGCCUUAAGAAAGUUACUGGACAUGGAAAGGCAGCUCAAUGACAAGCAAAAGCUGGAGAUGGAAAUUCAAGAGUUGAAAGGAAGACUUGAAGUGAUGAAGCAUCUGACAGAUCGGGAUAAUGAAGUGAUUCGGGUCAAGAUGAAAGAGAUUUCAGAUGAAUUGGAGGAGAAGGUCGAGAAUCUAAGCUGUAGAGAGGAAGAAAACGAGGCUUUACUACGUAGAGGCAUUGAGUCCAGAAAUCAACUACAAGAAACUCAUAGAUUUCUCAUUUCGGCCAUGCAAGGGCUGCUGGGUGCAGGAAUGAACAUUGGGAUGAAGAGGUUGGGGGAACUUGAUAGGAAGCCAUUUCAGGAUGCUUGUAGGCAAAGGUUCUCUUCUGAGGAAGCGGAGACCCGAGCAGCUGCAUUAAUCAGCCUGUGGGAGUCUCAAUUAGGGGAUCCUAGUUGGCAUCCAAUGAAAGUCGUUGACAUUAAAGGAAAGGCUGUAGAGAUCAUCGACAAACGAAAUGAAAAACUGCAGGAACUUAAGCUAGAGUUGGGAGAGGCAGCAUACGAUACCAUUGUCACAGCCUUGAUGGAAGUAAAUUAAUACAACUCAAGUAGAAAAACUGGCGUCCACGAGUUCUGGAAUUUCUAAGCGAAUCGCAGAGCCAUGAUGGAGGAGGUGAUCGAAUUCAUCCUGGACAAUAUCAAAAGUGGAAAGAGUAACCGAAGGUGACCUGUGUAUGGGGUCUGAUUGCUUUGCAUAUCCAUCUCUACUAAUUUCGAAGUUGUUGAUUAAUGCAAUCAGGACGACCUCUACGAUGGUACUUCUGACAUACUGAAAUUAUCAAAGGGAUGCUAAUUUUGUAAAUUCUGAAAUAUUAGGUGGGGGUGAUUCAUAUUGUGCUAUCCCACUUCCUUCUAUCAUCUGUGAUAUUGUCACGGAGAACUCGCAAGACUUAUCUUUACCUUUGGUAUGAGAUUUGAUUUGAAGUUGCUCGUA